AGAAGACGAGAAACAGACGCCAUGGAAUUGGAAUUGGAAUCUCGAUCCGGUCAAGCAUCGAGAAGCUGGAAAGAGAAGUUCUCUUGUUUUGUUCAGAGAUCUCGUCAAUGGCUGCUACUGCUUAUUCCUACCUUCUCUUGAUCUUCGUUCAGAGUUUUAGGGUUUCUCUCUCUGUUUGAUCCGUCUUUGCCUUGCUUUUAUUAUUGUUUUUAUUCGUGUCAAUUUGUACGACGAGAAGCUAUUGAUCGAUUGGUUUAUUCGUCUCGUCGGUUCUUGUUUCGAGCUGAAAGCGACGAACGGGGUGGGUGAUUUGCAGACAAGAGGAUUUCAUCGAGUUGGUCUUCUGGUUUAAUAAUGUCUUCUCUUUGAUCGCUCUGAAGAGAUAUCACGUCCUACUCGAGUGAUCUAGCGCGGUUUCUUCUAACUUUUAGUGGAUUCGAUAUAACUGUGCUAUCUCUGCAUGGGGGUACUUUGUUUUCGGACGGAUUACUUUCAUUGAAUUCGAUCUGGCCCGGAUGCAAUGAUGUUGCGCUCGAUCUCUUAAAGGAAGAAGGUCAGUUACAAGAUCGGGGAAAGUUCUCUGUUUUUGGGCUCUGUUUGUGGUUUGAUCUCUUGUUCUGGCGGAAGCUAUUGAAUCUAGAUUGUUUCAAUAAGGGGAAAGGUUAGGGAUAAGUUUGAGAUCAAGGAAGAGAAAUUGUUGUUGCGUUCAGUGUGCAUGCAAAGGGAUCGUAAACUUCGUAUAUUGAUCUCUAUGCCGCAGACAAUAUAAUUGGUGUUGUUGGGAUAUUGCGUUUGUGAUUGAAUCAGUAAGAAAAAGGGAGUUGCUGUGGAUAUUGGAGUUCGUUUUCGUUCUACAGUACCUUGAUCGUGUUGGAAUUACUUCUCGGCUAUUGUAUCGUCUUCUACCGUCUACUUUUUAGCCGUACCUUUUCAACCUUUAGUAAUUGUUGGGAAGAUAAAUAGAAAAGAGGCAUCAAGGAUUUCAGGCUUUGCACUUUAAGCCAGUUGAAGGGCAUCCCACAAAAAAUCCGGCCUUUCAGGAUUUUUAGUAGAAAUUUCGUCUCUUCUCAGGGCGUUGAAGUUCUUCCGAUUGGGUCAGACGAAAGGUGAAUCAUCUGGUUUGUGGCUUUGCACACGAUCAAGGAGUUGAAAGCAGAAAGGGGAAAUCCGAUUUAUUUCUAACGGAGCCUUCAAUUGAAAAUAGAGGCUGUGGGUGUUACGCUGGUCUGGAGUGCUUACUGAAUAUAAUCAGGGCCCUCAGGAUGGGGUCCUGCUUAUCAUUGGAUGGGGGGAGCUCGCUCCCUUCUUCUCCGACAUCCACUCCUAAGAAGAGGAAGAACAUGCGGAAAAAGCCUGGGAUGCGGAGUUCUUCCUUUGACUCGAGGAGGGAAGAGCAGCUGCAUAGGAUUCCUGGGAGAAUGUUCCUGAAUGGAGGUAGCGAAGUUGCUUCGCUGUUUACCCAACAAGGGAAGAAAGGGACUAAUCAAGAUGCCAUGAUUGUAUGGGAGAAUUUUGGUUCACGAACAGACACUGUUUUCUGUGGUGUUUUUGAUGGCCAUGGUCCCAAUGGUCACAUGGUUGCAAGAAGAGUGAGGGAUUCUCUUCCUUUGAAGCUAAGUGCCCACUGGGAAGUAACCAGAGGUAGCGAAGAUGGGUAUAGAGAAAUCAGCAGCAGCAUCAUGGGAAGUAUGAGCUCUGAAGAAAAUGCCUAUAUGCAUACAGGUGGUGAAUCUAGGGUAUCUGUGGAUCUUGAAGAAAAGGAGAAGCACCCAGAAAUCUAUCAUACCUUGAAAGAGUCAUUCCUGAAAGCUUUCAAAGUUAUGGACAAGGAACUGAGACUUCACCCAAAUAUUGAUUGUUUCUGCAGUGGCACAACCGCUGUCACAUUGGUCAAGCAGGGUCAAGAUCUUGUCAUUGGAAAUGUUGGAGAUUCUAGAGCUGUAUUGGGUACAAGAAAUCAGGAGAACUCUCUUAUUGCAGUUCAGUUGACCGUGGACCUCAAACCAAAUCUGCCAAGGGAAGCAGAGAGGAUCCGGAAAUGUAAAGGGAGGGUAUUUGCCCUUAGGGAUGAGCCUGAGGUUGCUCGAGUCUGGCUGCCAAAUUAUGAUUCCCCUGGGUUAGCAAUGGCACGGGCUUUUGGGGAUUUCUGCCUCAAGGAUUUUGGUCUGAUAUCCGUACCUGAGAUUUUUUAUCGACAUCUCACUGAGAAGGAUGAGUUUAUAGUUCUGGCUACAGAUGGGGUUUGGGAUGUACUCUCAAACAAGGAAGUAGUAGAAAUAGUAGCUUCAGCUCCAGCACGGUCCUCAGCAGCUCGAACCUUGGUGGAAUCAGCAGUUCGAGCAUGGAGAUUCAAAUAUCCAACGUCCAAGAUUGAUGAUUGUGCAGUAGUCUGUCUCUUCCUUGACAAUGAAUCAAGCAGUUCAGCCACUGCCUAUCUAAAAACUAAAGAGCAGCCAUCCUCAUUGGACCAACAUGAUGAUGGCAAUGAGAACCACAAGCCGUCAUCCCCAACUAGGCUGGAUCGAUCAGGAACAGUGAAAACCUGCGCUGAGAUCCUACCAGAGGAAGGGGAGGAGGAAGGUGGUUUAAUGGAGGCAACAGAGGAUACACAACUACUAGAGGAAUGGUCUGCGCUUGAAGGUGUCUCACGCGUGAAUACACUGGUGACACUGCCGAGGUUUGUUCCUGGAGAAUAAUAGAAGAGGCCACCGGAAAUCGGGAAGACCUGAAAGUGACGAGGGGAAGAGAAGGGGUUAAGUUGGCUGUGGUUUUCUUUCAAUUAUAUUAAUAAUAUUUGCUCUAUCAUUAUAAUCUUCAUUAUUUUUUCUCAAUUUAUGGGAGUUUUUUUUUUUUUUUUUCCUUCAACGGAAAAGAAGAAAGAAAUUGGUUUGUAGGGGGCGUUCGUUAUUUGUUUGUGAUGGGGUCAGACUAUGGAGAGGUGGGCCGGGCUUUAUUAGCGUGUCUGGGUAAUCCGUUUUCUCUCUACUGUGGGUUGAAUUGGAAUUUUUGUGAAAUCCAACUCUCCAUUUUUUCUUUUCCCCUUUCCUUCUCUAGUUAGUGCGAAUUGUUGGUUUUACCAUUAUGUUAAUGAUUUUAUGAUACCGUGGCCCCCUUUCAGUC